AGGACGACUGGAACAAGGUGUGCGAGCACGUCGGGUCGCGGACGCAGGACGAGUGCAUACUGCACUUUUUGCGACUCCCGAUCGAAGAUCCGUACCUGGAGGAUGACAACACGUUCCUCGGUCCGCUCUCCUACCAACCGAUACCGUUCAGUAAGGCCGGCAAUCCGAUCAUGUCGACGGUGGCCUUCCUCGCGUCCGUCGUCGAUCCUCGUAUCGCCGCCAGUGCGGCCAAGGCAGCAAUGGAAGAGUUUGCAGCAAUUAAGGACGAAGUACCGGCCACCAUGAUGGAUGCUCAUCUGAAAAACGUCGAAAAAUCAAGCUUUGGCGGUAAGUUUGAUCCGUAUGCGGGGCUGGCCAACAGUGGCAUCGCCGGUACCGGACCGGCGGAGAAGGAGAAGGAAGCGGAGGAAGGUGAGAACAAGUCACCUGCGGCGGGAGGAGCUACCCCUGCGACAGCCGGUGCUGGCGCUUCAGGUGCUGCUGCUGCUUCUGGUACGUCGCCUGCUGCACCAGCUACGACAGAUGUAGAAAUGAAGGAUGUCUCUAAGAAGGAGGACACCGAUGGUAAAGAGAAGACUACCGAAGAGCCCAGUAAAGCAGCGUCCGAGUCUGCCGAUGGUUCUUCGGCUUCAUCUGCCGAGGCUGCCAAGACCCCUGGCACUGCGACCACAGCACAGGAGGGUGGUGCCGGUAGCCCGUCGGCUACAGCUGCCCCUACUGCCGCGGCCACGGCUUCAUCCGAAGCUGGUACCCCAGCGGCCGUGGGCGUUGCCAAGGAAAAGGACGGAAAGGAUGCACCGAUCGAAACGUCCACUGUGGCGGCUACUACUGGUACGACGGUAGCGGUGGUGGCGAAAGAAAAUGGAGCAACAGAUCCGAAGCUGUUCAACGAGGGCAAUCUACAGGCGGCUGCGGCCGCUGCACUAGCUGCCGCCGCCGUUAAAGCGAAGCAUCUGGCUGCGGUGGAAGAACGUAAGAUCAAGAGCCUGGUGGCGUUGCUGGUCGAGACGCAGAUGAAAAAGCUGGAGAUCAAGCUGCGCCACUUUGAGGAACUGGAAACGACGAUGGAGCGAGAACGGGAGGGACUGGAGUACCAGCGGCAACAGCUUAUCCAGGAGCGGCAACAGUUCCACCUGGAACAGCUCAAGGCAGCCGAGUUCCGGGCGCGGCAGCAAGCCCACCAGCGAUUCCAGCUCGAGCAAGGCCAGUGGCAACAGCAGCAGCAACAGCAGGCAGCCGCUGCCCAACAGCAAGCAGCCGCAGCUGCCGCACAGCACCAACAGCAGCAGCAACAUCAGCAUCAACAUCAGCAUCCGCAGCAGCAGCAACAGCAGCAACAACAUCAACAACCACCGCACGGUGGUCCGGCGGCAAUGAUGCAUCAGCAAACGGGACCGGCAACAGGAGGACCACCUCCGUCGGGUGCGAUGACCGGACCCCAUAAUGCCGCCGCCAUGCCCGGCAAUCCGGCAGCUAAUGCUCAAAAGCCGCCACCGACGCCAUCUAUCGCUGGUGGUCCAGCAGCAGCAACGGCCACGGCAGCACCACCACCACCAUCGGGAACACCAAUCCCUGGCUCCAACAGCAGCUCUCAGCCCCCGGCAGCAGCAGCGGCGGCGGCGGCGGUGGCAGGGCCAACAGCCUCCUUAGCAUUGGCCAACCAGCACCCGGCGGUCAACAGCGGUCCGCACAAUCCAACCAAUAUCCAUCCAGCACCGCCGGCAUCCAACGGUAUUCCACCUUCCUCCAUCCAUCCUCCUCCUUCCUCUACGAAUCCGUCUAUCGACGGCACUACUACGGCAACUAGUGGUAUGCCACCGGUGGGUGGAACGCCUCACCUUCAGCAUCACCAUCAUCCAGUGGCGGUGCCCGCGCCCUCGGCAGCACCGGCCGCACCACCCUCCCCAGCCGCAACUGGGCCACCGGCGAGCGAUGCGAGUUCGGGAGCUCCAGCGGAACAAACACCAACACCACCUCCUCCUCCCGGCACGGUAGUGGCACCAGCCGCAGGCCAUCCGCAUCAUCAUCCCGCACACGAACAACCGGGCCAACCUUUGGCGGUCAACCAACCGGCGGCGGGUGUAUCCUCACCGGAAGGCGGCGACAGAGCUUCAGCGAGCGAGACAACGCCUCCGGCAUCGGUCCCCGAAGGUACGGGGGGCCAGGAGACGAGUCCAUCUGAUGGAGCGUCCGCUCCACCACCACCGAUGGCCACGACCACAGCACCUUCGAAUCCUCCACCAUCAGCAUCAUAACUUCACCGUAGGAACAAAUCGUAGCCGUAGUGGCGUGGCAGUGUGGAAGAACAAAGAGGCAAAAAAGGAUGGCCUCCCAGUGCUCUGUGUUCACUCACCGCCGCCACAUGAGUGGUUUUAAAUGAUGAUCCUCCACAGCGUAGCACAACCAGAAACCACCCAACCCCCAACCUACACCAGCUCUGUAGUUGAGUGUUCUCAUUCAAAAUCCACGACGACGUGCCCCUUGGGCACGGGCUUCUUAGGUUAAUGAAUAAAUGUGUGUUUUGUAUGUCGUCCCAUCCCUUUCUUCCCCCCCUGUAUUCACCGUACACACCGCUGUGCGCUCUGCUUGAUCUACUUCUUAUAAUCCCCGUGCUACAUACAGAAGACAGGAAACUGCCGCCCCAGGAAGGUGCCAAUGCCGAUAAUGUGGCGUCGGUGGUUCAAUCUGGAUCAAUGGUUUUUCUUCUGCGAUAUUAGUGGCUGACCGGUCGCACACGUCGCAUUCGUAGCGUACUAACAAACACACAGUAAGGAUGUGGGAUCUAGCGAUAGAUAUAUGGAGUUAGAGUAUAAUUAGAAAAUAGAUUGCCCCACUGUACACCACCCCUAAUCUCUACGAGGCGGCUUCCGUCGGAAGCGAAAGCGAGAUUGAGAGAGGGAAAGAGCAAAGCGAAUUACCUAGAACGAUAAGCAGAAUAAAACCUCAUUUCUUCAUUGUCUCAA